CAAGUGAGUUGCAGCAAGACGAUAGAAAUCGGUGGUGAUAGUGAGCAAGAACAUACCUUCAAAGGUGACACCUUACAAAAAAACGAGAAGUGCGUGAUUGAAUUUACAAACACAGAUGACAAGUAUCAGUUAAUAUUGACCCUGAAAGAAGUAAAGUUUGAUGCAACCUCAGGCUGUGAAACUGAUUACGUGAAAUUCGCAAAAGACAAAGAUUCAUUAGCAACUGCGUCAAAAUACUGCACCUUACCAGAAGAAGGGAAACGCUCGAUUGAAGGAUCUCCUUUGUUCCUGGAAUAUUGUGCAUCCAAAGACGAUUCGACCGGUUUUAUCGUCGGUGUUAAACGCGUGGCGAAAGGAGAAGGCCAACAACCAGUCACCUGCACGGACAAGGUUACCAUAACCAAUGAUGAAGUGAAAACACUCAGCUAUAAGGGUGAUACACUUCGGAAGGAUCAAACGUGUUUGAUUGAAGUGACAAGCACAGAUACAAAUUACAACUUGGCUCUGACAUUCACGGAAGUUGUGGUGAGUACUGUGCGUAAUCCGUCUGACAAACCAAUCGGUGUACCGUUCACUUGA